AUGGGUCCAGGCCGAAUUGAUGUGAGGCUCGCCGUCGUUGCGAGCGGCGACGGAUGUAGGAAGGAGACAAGGGUCAAAUUGAUGUUUGUCCCACCGGAAGGGUUUUUGAUUUUGCGGUUCUCGGUUAUAAAAUCCCACCCCUCUGCUCCCCGCACGCUCUACACAUGUGAAUCCCUCGUACCCAUCCACACCAGAUUUUCUACUUCCACACCGAUCAAUUCACUCGCCUUCCAUCAGUCCAUCGGGAACGCUUACUCCGGCAGCAGAAUGGCUACUCCUGUUUCGACCAGCGGCGGUAGUGGCUCUCCGAGGACUGCUGCGCACGACAACGAUGCCGGUGAAUCCGCACGCCGCAGUCGAAUUCUAUCGAGCAAGCUCUACUUCGACGUGCCUACUUACAAGGUUCCUCUAAUUUAUUCAUCUUCAUACGAUAUCGCUUUUCUGGGGAUUGAAAAGCUGCACCCUUUUGAUUCUUCUAAAUGGGGUCGCAUUUGCCGAUUUCUCAUUGCUGAGGGUCUUCUGGACAAAAAGUACAUAAUUGAACCUCUGGAGGCUAAAAAGGAAGAUCUUCUAGUGGUGCAUUCAGAGACAUACCUGGCCAGUUUAAAAGGCAGCUUUAAUGUGGCCACAAUAGUUGAGGUCCCUCCAGUUGCUUUAGUGCCGAACUGUCUUGUGGAUAAACAUGUUCUCUACCCAUUCCGCAAGCAAGUUGGGGGCUCGAUUUUGGCUGCCAAACUAGCAAAGGAACGAGGAUGGGCUAUCAAUAUUGGUGGUGGAUUUCAUCAUUGCUCAGCAGAAAAAGGAGGAGGCUUUUGUGUUUACGCGGACAUAUCUCUCUGCAUUUACUUUGCCUUUAGCCGUUUGAAUAUUUCAAGGGUGAUGAUAAUUGAUCUUGACGCGCACCAAGGGAACGGACAUGAAAAGGAUUUCUCUGAUGACAGAAGAGUCUACAUUCUUGACAUGUAUAAUCCAGAUAUAUAUCCUUUUGAUUAUGAGGCUAGGAGAUAUAUCAAUCAGAAAGUUGAAGUAGCAAGUGGAACGACCACCAGUGAAUAUCUAUCCAGACUUGAGGGUGCACUCAAGGUUGCUGCUGAUGCAUUUUACCCUGAAUUGAUCAUUUACAAUGCUGGAACUGACAUUUUAGAUGGAGAUCCUCUGGGUAGGUUGAAGAUAAGCUCUGAUGGGAUUGCCAAAAGAGACGAGAAAGUUUUCGUAUUUGCUCGUGAGAGGGAAAUUCCGCUUGUCAUGCUCACAUCAGGUGGUUACAUGAAAUCUAGCGCUAAAGUGAUAGCCGACUCAAUCGUGAAUUUGUCCAAGAAAUCUUUAAUUACUUUGGAAAGCAUACAGAAAUAACAAACGGACAUCCUUUUCUGUCUCCUUUUGGAGAACUUGAAGCUAGGUUAUUACUUGGAGUUGGGAGAGAGAGAGAGAGAGAGAG